UUCCUUGAAAUCUUCUACGCUCUCGUCUUCUUUAUUUACUCAACCUGGAGCAAGAGGAGGAAGAUCUUGCUCAUCUUCCUUGGUGAAAUCAUCUUCCUUGCGUUACUGGUGUUUUUGGUGAUGACCUUUGUUCACACCCCCAGCCGAAGAAAGGUGAUUGUUGGACCUAUCUGCAUAUUCUUCAACGUCCUUAUGUAUUUUGCACCCUUGACUGUAAUGAGACAAGUGCUUCGAACCAAGAGCGUGAAAUACAUGCCUUUCUUACUUUCAUUCGCCAACUUCGCCAAUGGAAUUGUGUGGACAACCUAUGCCUUGCUUAAGUGGGAUCCAUUCAUCGUGAUUCCAAAUGGUUUGGGAACACUUUCUGGGCUGUUACAGCUCAUCCUCUACGUUGUUUUUUAUCGAACAACCAACUGGGAUGAAGACGACGAACCCGCUAACAUCAUAUGAUUUGUGCUUGGAAACUCACAGAAGAUACAAAGUCAAGGGACAAAAAGAAUAAGAGUUUGUUUCAACAUAAAGUUGGAAGUCUUUUUCAGAGCUUCUGACCGUAUUUCUGUUUAAGAAAAAGGAAAAAAAAAGUUGUGUUUUUAUAACCAAGUUCCCAACAAAACUCCUGGCUCGUAUUGAAACAUGCAUUAAUCAAUGGUUGUAGUUUUUGAAUAACAGCAUUGAUGUCUGGAAAAGAGCAAUGUUGUUGGCUUUAAAGAUGUAUAUGCUCAUCUGAGCUCAUGGGAAUAUUUUUUUGGCAUGAAUAAUAGCGGGUGAC